CACCAGUUGACCUCUUAAGAUGGCCCAUGUCUUGUUCCAUCCGAAGCCUGCUUAGAAUCACCCCAUCUGACCGUGACCGCCGCCUCUCCGCCGCCGAAUGCGUGGCGCGGCUGCCGUCGCGAGCGCUCAGAGCGCUCCGCAUGGCGACGGAUGUGCCUGGCGCGGCUCCGCGGAAUCUGCCGCCCUUCUUCCCGCUGAGGGACUUCCUGGAGCAGAAUGGCGUGUCCAGUUCGUCCAUGCCCAAGGUGCGCGUCAUCGACGUGGGCGCCAUGUUCCUGGACGAGGCGGAGGAGGUCUGGCAGCCCUUGCAGCGGCGUGGACACUGCGCUAGCGUGGUCGGCUUUGAGCCCUGCGCCGAGGAGUGUGAGCGACUGAAUGCCUCGGUCAACGGCUUGCGGAAGGACGAGGAAGGCUCGGCCAGUGCGGAGCCGAGCGCGGCAGUCGCCGCCGCCGAGAGCACGGCCUUCCGGUUUCUGCCCUGGGCGUUGGGAGACGGACAAACGGGGCAGUUCCGGAAGUGCUCGGCCGCCAUGACCAGCUCGAUGCUGGAGCCCAACUUACCGCUGCUGAGACGUUUCGUGCAGCUCGAGGAGGUGACCACGGUCGUGGAGCGGAGCGAGAUGGAGACGCGGCGUUUGGAUGACUUGUUGGGAGACAUCCCCGGCAAAGGAGUGGAUUAUUUGAAGAUUGAUGUGCAAGGAUUUGAACUUGCAGUGCUGAAAGGAGCGCAGAAGGCUUUGGAGGAGACCUUAGUGCUGCACACCGAGGUGGAGUUUGUGGAGAUGUACGAGCGUCAGCCCCUUUUUGCGGAGGUGGAUCAGUUCCUACGGCAGAACGGCUUCGUUUUCCAUCGCUUCUCCUCGCUCCACGGAAGGCCGUUAAAGCCGUUGCAUUUUGCGGCGAAUCCGUUGCAGCCGAUCUCGCAGCAACUCUGGGCCGACGCGGUUUAUGUCAAGGACCUUUGGGAACUUCAAAUGAGCCAAGAGAAGCUACUGAAGUUGGCCCUCAUCCUCCACGAGGUCUACCAUUCCUAUGACGUGGUGCUCCACGUCCUGCAGAAGUACGAUCCAGCUCUUGGGAAGCAGUACCUGGAUCGAGUCCUCGGCACCAAAUGAGAAUGGGUCGAGGUCGCCGAGAUCGGCUCGGCCGAGUUCAGCGCGUUCCGUGG